AGCCCUUUCAACUGUAACAGCAGGAUAAUGACCUGUCAGCUGAGCUGACAUCAACAAGUAUUGCAACGGAACCAUGGUCAGAGAGCCGGCGAUUAUGUUUACUUAUUUAUCUCCCCCGUUCUGCCCUCUUGGCUUUCAUACCUGGCCCUUUCAGUCGUCGUACCUCUUCUUAUUUUUGGCCCCAAGUCUUUCACUAUUCCCUUCUUCUCUUCUUCCGUUCAUUUGGCGCAGUUGCGAGCCUGGAAGCUUUGCAACAUGUUGUCCCUAUUUUUUUCUGCCGCGCUUCUCGCAUCAGCUGGCCUGACUGACGGCGCCGCUCUCGACCAUUCCAGAGCCAAGCCCGACCUCGGCCCUCACCUCUUCAGACGGCAAGACCAGCAGAGCUGCUUGAAAGGAGACUUGAUCCAAAGUGCCAGUGCUCUGACGGGCCAAGUGUCUGGUACCUUGGGAAUCAAACCAGGUCAGGCUGCGUCUGCAACCGAUGGCAACAACUUCAUCAACUUCUGCGACGGCAAGGAAAUUACCAACGGCAAACAAAUCACUACUGGGUCGUGCAACGGCAUCCCCAUGGGCAAUAUCCCCGCCGUCGGUAACAUGAUCUCGGCGAUAAUCACCAACCCUCAACCAGGCGACAAGCUUACCUCCGAUACCACGUUCAAUGUCUCAGUCCAGACGGUUCAUCUCAAGGCCGGCAACUUUGUCAACCCGACGACCAACUACUACACGGCGCCCCAAGACCUUGACAAUAACGGAGACAUCAUUGGCCACUGCCACGUCACCAUCCAGGACAUCGGCGCGCUGGACUCGAGCACCCCACCCGACCCAAGCAAAUUUGCCUUCUUCAAGGGCAUCGAUGAUGCCGGCAAUGGCCAAGGUCUUUUGCAGGCAGUGGUCGACGGCGGACUUCCACCCGGCACAUACCGCGUCUGCACCAUGAUUGCAGCCCAGAACCACCAGCCGGUCACCAUGCCCGUCGCCCAGCGCGGAGCUCAGGACGACUGUACCAAGUUUGAAGUCCUCGCUGCGACAGGGUCCGGGCCUUCUUCCUCGAAGAACCAGAAGAAUGGCGACAUGACGAAAAAUCAGGACCAAGAAGGGUUUGUGGAGGCUGGAGAUGGUGUGAACGACAACCAGGGCCAGCAGGGCCAGGGCCAGGGACAGAAGGGUCAAGGCCAGGGACAGCAAGGCCAGUGUCAGGGACAGCAAGGUCAAGGUCAAGGACAGCAAGGUCAAGGCCAAGGACAGAAGGGUCAAGGUCAGGGGCAGAGACAGCCAGCACAACAAGGAGGACAAGGAAGAAAAGAGCGUCAGAGAUAA